AAUCUUCUUGCACAUUAAUCGUCUCAACAGUCAACUUAUAUUAAAAAUCAAAUGCAAGGGUUUUAACAGCUAGAAAGAAAAAAACAAUUCAGAAUAUGCCCAAGCCUACUGUUACUCGAAAUUUAAAAGGUAAUUUAAAUAUAAAAUUCUUUUUCAUUUAUUUUUACAGUGAUAUCAUCUGAAUAAAAUAAUGGUUCUGUCUGUUUGUUAGCAAAGCAAUUCUAUUAAAAAAAAAUAGAACUAUAAAAAUUAAUGCAAAUAAAUGCUCAUGAGAAGUUUAAACAAGGAUAGGUUCAUGAUAUGUAAACAGAUUGAGGCAGGAUCGAGCGUGAGAGAGAUAAAAGUGAGAAAGAAGUAAAAAUGAAGAGAGAGAAGGGGCGGGGGAGGGGGGCUGUGAUAAAGAAUGAAUGCGAGAGAGGAGCUUGUUCUAUUCUGUGGUCUUUUCCCUGUUGGUUUCUACAGGAAAGGAAGUCUGUGUACUACGGUACACACCAAGCCAUGGCUCGGAAAUCAAGAACAUCACUUUUCGCUGUGAGCAUGGCUGCUGUGGAACAGAGAGUAAAGAGUACUGCUGUCUCAGUGCGUAAGUGGGUGUAUAAAGUCCUGCUGUCUCUGUGCGUAAGUGGAUGUAUAAAGUGCUGGUGUCUCAGUGCGUAAGUGGAUGUAUAAAGUGCUGGUGUCUCAGUGCGUAAGUGGAUGUAUAAAGUGCUGGUGUCUCAGUGCGUAAGUGGAUGUUUAAAAUGCUGUUGUCACAGUGCGUAAGUUGAUGUAUAAAGUACUGUUGUCUCAGUAAAUGGAUGUAUAAAGUACUGCUGUCUCAGUAAGUGCAUGUAUAAGGUACUGCUGUCUCAGUAAGUGGGUGCAUAAAGUACUACUGUCUCAGUAAGUGGAUGUAUAAAGUACUGCUGUCUCAGUAAGUGGAUAUGUUACAGGCAACGUGUGAAGAGAAAUAUUGCCUGGAUUACAUCUGUAAUAGAUAUAUUAAGUACUGCUGUCUGCUGUCUCAUUGAGUGGAUAUGUAAUUUACUACUGUCACAUUAAGGUGAUAUAUAAAGUACUGCUGUCUCAGUGCUUAAUUUGAUAUAUAAGGUACUGAUGUAUCCUUAUGUGGACAAUAUAUUUAUUUAUAUAUGAAGUACUGGUGUGUUAGCGAAACAAUAAAAAUUCAAAGUUGUGUAGUGUACGAGUAAAGCGAACACAAACAUUUUCUAAUACCGUAUAUGACUGACUUAUAAUAAAGUAAUUAGUCUGAGUAAAAAAAAAAUAGUCUAUUGUUAUGUGUCUAUACGUCCAUGUAAGUGAUCAUAGAUGUGUACUUAUAUUUCCUAUUACAUUUUAUUUCAACUCCAACUUAUGACAGACCCACCUUACUAGGAGCGAUAUUUACAGCUGCGCUGUUCGGCAUCUUGUGUGUUGUGGCCAUCUCUGACUAUCUUUACAAAAAAUGCCAGAAACAUUCUACAUCACGUACAGCUGUUCAAAUUAUUGGUAAGUUCUAGAACUGUGUGUUCAGCAACUUCAAGUUAUCGGUGUAAAAUAGAUGGCAAGGGGGUGGGGUGUAUGAACCCUACAUGAACAGGCGAAUGAGAGAAGACAGUGCAUGUGCCAUGAGUACACACUGAUGUGACACUAUGUAACACUAACACUAGAUGAUGAAUGUGCAAUGGGUACACAAUAUGUAGCUCUAACGUAAUUUUAUUAUUAUUAGUAGUAGUAGUCUUAUUUAGUGCGAUAUACGUGUCCCAUUAGUACACAAUAUGUACCUCGAACGUUAGAUAAUACGCAACAUACCUGCUGUGGGGCAGUAGCGUAGCUAGGGGGUGCGGACCGCACCGGGUGACACCAUCUCAGGGGGGGACAUCUUAAUGAAAAAUUGCAUAGUUACACAUUGUUCGCUUUAAACGAAUUUCAUAAAAGGAAAAGGAUAACCGAUCACAAGUAAAUUGUUCUCGCAUGUAACCAAUCCAAGUGAUACCAUGAAGGGUAUAGAUUCUGAUCAAGUGAUUUUUUAGUAGGGUAUACUUUAUAUAUUCAUAAUAAUAGGGUAUACUUUAUAUAUUCAUAUUAGUAGGCUAUAAACAUUGAAACCUUGAAAUAAAGCAAACCAUGGGAACAAAGCAAUAGUGUUGUUAUUUGGAGGGAUGGUGCUAGUUGUAGGGGUGGUGCUAGCUUCAGUGAUAGUGCUUUUAGCAAGGAUGGUGUAGCUGAUGAGGUAGUCGGUGUUUCUCAAAACAUGAUUUGUGUUUUGUUAAUUAAGUAUUGAACCUAAUUCAUAGUAUCGUGAAAUUCUGUAUUCUUAAAUGUGUGCAACAGAAGUUUGUUCCAAGGAAAAUUGUUUUGACGAAAGUUGUUCCAAGGAAAAUUGUUUUGACGAAAGUUGUUCCAAGGAAAAUUGUUUUGACGAAAGUUGUUCCAAUGAAAAUUGUUUUGACGAAAGUUGUUCCAAGGAAAAUUGUUUUGACGAAAGUUGUUCCAAUGAAAAUUGUUUUGACGAAAGUUGUUCCAAGGAAAAUUGUUUUGACGAAAGUUGUUCCAAGGAAAAUGGCUUGACGAAAGUUGUUCCAAUGAAAAUUGUUUUGACGAAAGUUGUUCCAAGGAAAAUGGCUUGACGAAAGUUGUUCCAAGGAAAAUGGCUUGACGAAAGUUGUUCCAAGGAAAAUGGCUUGACGAAAGUUGUUCCAAGGAAAAUUGUUUUGACGAAAGUUGUUCCAAUGAAAAUUGUUUUGACGAAAGUUGUUCCAAUGAAAAUUGUUUUGACGAAAGUUGUUCCAAUGAAAAUUGUUUUGACGAAAGUUGUUCCAAUGAAAAUUGUUUUGACGAAAGUUGUUCCAAUGAAAAUUGUUUUGACGAAAGUUGUUCCAAUGAAAAUUGUUUUGACGAAAGUUGUUCAGAGAGAGAUUUCAUUUAAAUCAUCAACAAUCUUUUUUGUCGUCAGCCCCGGUAUCUACCAUUGCUCAGCCCAUUAAGAAGCAAACCUAUAUGACCACAGUGUGUAAUAGUGUGCCGCUGGCCCACUACGUGGAGGCCCAACACUACCCUUACUAUGGACCUGCUUGUUACACCUAUCCACUGAUGCAGCCUUACCACGGAGCGCCCUUCGCCCCGCGGCUUCCAGCGUUCCCAAAUAGCGGGGGACCUGACACGUCUAACCCAGUUGCCUUCGCCUCCAGGAAGACCUUUGAUGCACGCACGUUUACUUACACCUCAUUGGGGAUGCCCGAUGCCUCUGAGCCGCCGCCAUACACGUACACGGAUGGCUCUCACACUCCUAAACUGCCAGCCUACACGACCAUGGCGUCCCCCGUAUCUGAACCCUCAGUGUGUCCCUUGGUGGAAGAGCCUAAACCACCUAAUCGACACUCGUACAGUGCGGUGCGCAUUCCGAGCGCACCGCCCCUAGCUGCGUGCGAUCUUCCUAAAGAGAGUUAACUAUAUCUGAAUUGAAAAAUCAACUCACAUAGGCAUGUCAGUUAUUGAAAAAUGUAAAGUCCUA